UAUGUGUGUGUGUGUGUGUGUAUUCGUUUGUAUAAAUGUGUCUGGUUGUCAUGUAACAAUGACAACAGUUACAACUGCUAUUGCUACUGCUACAAUUCUUGAUGAUCAAGAUAAACCAAUCGGAAAUCAUCAUUGUUUUUUUUUCGUAGUUGAUUUUCAAUAGCCAUAAAUCAGAAAAAAACCACAAUACUACUAAAACUGUUUAAACAAUUGAAAGCCAAAAAAAAAAUUCAAUUUUGAAAUAAUAAUUUCUUUUGGCUUUCAUUUUGGUGGUUUGUGGCCUGUGUGUGUGUGUUCAGGUGUGUAAGUUUCGUUAGUAAACAAAUUGUAAAAUUUGAAACAAUGUUCUAUAAUGAACGAUACAAAUGACCAUCAAAACUUGUUGAUUGAUUCGUCCAAAAAUGCCCAGAACAUCAUCAUCAUCAUCAUUACCAUUUCAAUCAUUAACAUCCACAAUUACCGAUGGUAAUACAAUCAAUACGAAUUGUGGUUAUUGUAAUGAAGAUCCAUUAAUAUAUGCAUUAAAUUCGAUGCGUACAAUUAAUAUUAAUAACAGUAAUACAGCAUCCAUAGUUAAACAACAACAACAACAACAACAGCGACAUGAAAAUAAUAAUGAAAUGAAAUCAUCAUCACCAUAUUAUCUUUGUACGGUCACGUGUUGUGAAUCGGAAAAUUGUUGUUUAACAAUAAAUAAUGAUGAUUUAUCAAUGACAAAUUCAUUGUUAAAUGGUAAUAAUAAUAAUGAUAGAAAAUGUAUUGACAAGAAGAAAAAACAUUCAACAUCAUCUAAUCAAUCGGCCACUCUUAUAAUGGAUAAUAAUCAACAUUAUCAAACGGAUGAUAGUAUAGAUUUUUGUGAAUUAUGUCGAUCAUCAUCAAUAAUAUUAAGUAAUAAUAACAAUAAACAACAACAAACAAAAAAUCAAAGAAUUUUAUGGGCUGAUACAUUUCAACAACAACAACAGCCAGAAGAAUCUAAUUUAAUCUUUAAAUAUGGGGCAGAAACAACAACAACAACGACAACAAAGAUUGUAAAAGAUAUUAAUUAUAAAAAAUUGAAAUUAAAAUCAUUGUCUAAUAAUAAUAAUAAUAAUAAUAAUGGCCAUACGGAUAUUAAUAAUAAUAUACCAUUAAGUCCAGAAAUAUCAUCAUCAUCACCAUUUGGUAAUAAUUCGUCAAAUACUGAAUAUACGGAAAUAUGUAAUACACCGGAUAUUAAUCAUCAUCAUCAUAAUCAUAAUCAUUCUAAUAAUAACAAUAAAACGAAUAAUUCUUCAUCAUCUAUUAUUCAACCAUUAUUUAAACCAAAUCAGCUAAAUCAUCCAAUUCAAUUGACACAAUUGGAUUAUCGUUUAUAUUUCAUUAAUGAUGCUGAAAAACAUGGUUUUUUUCGUAAAGCCGUACCUACAUUACCAUUAGCUAUUGCUGUCAUGUUUUGUAUGCUAAAUCUUUUACUACCCGGUUCAGGAACAUUUUUAGCAUCGUUUGCAAUUGUUUUUGGUUCACAAACCGAAUAUGGACCCGGUUAUGGUUAUCAAGCAUUUUUAAUCUGUUUUCUAUCAUCAUUAUUACAAUUUAUAACGGCCAUAUUGGUUUUCGGUUGGGUCUGGUCUAUUAUGUGGGGAAUCGUUUUUAUUAAAAAUUCAUUACGUUAUGGCCAGAAACGUGACAUUCAUACGAUAAGCCUUUGUUGAAACAGCAGCUUUAACAGAUUAUCAAAAUGUUUUUUUGAGCCUUUUGAAUCAAAUGAAAAAAAUUUACUUAAAUAUCUUUAAGUGUGUGCA